AACUUGAUUCAGUUAUAAACACAUUUUCUCUCUAUCUCUCUCUCUCUGUGACCCUUUCUUUGUUCUUCUUCUUCUUCCUCUCGUUUCUUCCCAUCAACAACAAUGGGGAAAGGUGGAUCUGUUAGCGAUGGAGUUAUGAAAAAGAUCAUUCUCUCAUACACAUACGUAGCAAUAUGGAUCUUUCUAUCAUUCACCGUUAUCGUUUACAACAAAUACAUCUUAGACAAAAAGAUGUACAAUUGGCCAUUCCCAAUUUCUCUAACAAUGAUUCACAUGUCAUUCUGUGCAACCCUAGCUAUUCUUCUCGUUCGUGUCUUCAAAAUCGUCGAACCCGUUUCAAUGUCUCGUGAAGUUUAUCUCUCUUCCGUUGUUCCAAUCGGAGCACUUUACUCUCUUUCUCUCUGGCUUUCUAAUUCCGCAUACAUUUAUCUUUCUGUUUCAUUCAUUCAAAUGCUUAAAGCUCUUAUGCCUGUUGCUGUUUAUUCAAUCGGUGUUGCUUUGAAAAAAGAAUCUUAUAAAAAUGAUACAAUGUUUAAUAUGUUAUCUAUUUCAAUGGGUGUUGCUGUUGCUGCUUAUGGUGAAGCUAGGUUUGAUACAUGGGGUGUUAUUUUACAGCUUGGUGCUGUCGCUUUCGAAGCCACCAGAUUGGUUAUGAUUCAAAUAUUGCUUAAUUCUAAAGGAAUUUCAUUGAAUCCAAUUACUUCUUUGUAUUAUGUUGCACCUUGUUGUCUUGUUUUCUUAUCUGUUCCUUGGAUCCUUGUUGAAUAUCCAAUUUUGAAAGAAACUUCCAGUUUUCAUUUCGAUUUUGUUAUUUUCGGGACUAAUUCUUUCUGUGCAUUUGCUUUGAAUCUUGCUGUUUUUCUUCUUGUUGGGAAAACAUCUGCUUUGACAAUGAAUGUGGCUGGUGUUGUUAAAGAUUGGCUUUUGAUUGCUUUUUCAUGGAGUGUCAUUAAGGAUACUGUUACGCCCAUUAAUUUGUUUGGAUAUGGACUUGCUUUCUUGGGUGUGGCUUAUUAUAAUCAUUCAAAGUUGCAGGCACUUAAGGCUAAGGAAGCACAGAAGAAGGUUGCACAGGCUGAUGAAGAAUCUGGAAGGUUGCUUGAGAAUAGAGAAGGUGAUGGAUCAAGGGAAGAGAAAUGAUCACCAACAUAAUUGGUCUUCAUUAUGAUUUUGAUGAAGAAUCAGGAAAAAAAAAAAUAGUAUGUUACAGAAUAAUAAAACAAGAGGAAGAGGAGCAAUUGAUGAUUAGAUCUGGAGGUUUGCAUCCUCUGAACAAAUUGGCCAUGAGUCAGUAAUUUUUUGUUUCUUUUUAUAGUAGUAUUAUCUGGAUUCUGGAAUUUGAGAUUUGCAUUUGAUUGAUGCUUGUAGAGCCAAUAAUGUGUUACUAUUAGAGUAAAAAUGUGUCUCAAAUCCUUUAUUUGUCAUUAAUUUUAUAUGUUAUGUUGUUAAUGUUGUAGAGAUUCUCAGUAUUUUGAGUUUAAAUGCUUAUUAAUUCAUCAUACCAUUGCAUGUCUAUUA